CUGAGGCUGUAAACUCGCUGUGCUCAGUCAGACUGUCAGUUUGUCAGGAGAACUCAACAUGGAUUCAUCUUUUCUCUGCUUCAGCCUCUUCUUCAUCAUCCUCUGCAGAGCAGAUGGAUACGAGUAUUACACUUCAUCCCGCUGCCUGUUUAACUCCUCUGAGCUGCGGGACAUAGAGUACAUCAGAUCUUACUAUUACAACAUGAUAGAGUAUGUCAGGUUUGACAGCAGUGUGGGGAAGUUUGUUGGAUACACUGAGUACGGUGUGAAGGAGGCAGAACAAUGGAACAAGGAUCCUGGACAACUCGCUGCAAUGAGAGCUCAGAAGGAGACGUACUGCCAACAAAAUGUUGACUUCUGGUACCAAAGUGUUCUGACAAACUCAGUGAAACCAUCAGUCAGACUUCACUCCAUACCCCCUGUUGAUCUUCGUCCUGCCAUAUUGGUCUGCAGCGUCUAUAACUUCUACCCCAAAGAGAUCAAAGUGAGCUGGUUGAGAAACGGACAGGAAGUAAGCCCUGACAUCACUUCUUCUGUAGAGUUUGCAAAUGCUGAUUGGCUCUACCAGACCCACUCCUACAUGGAGUACACACCCAGGUCUGGAGAGAAGAUCUCCUGUAUGGUGGAGCACUCCAGCCUGAAGGAACCUCUGGUUACUGACUGGGUCCCAUCCAUGUCUGAAUCCAAGAAACUGAUGAUUGUUGGAGCCUUUGGGCUGCUCCUGGGUCUGGUCUUUUUCCUGGCUGGAGUCAUCUACACAAGGAUGUGCAGCAGAGUGAAGCCGCGGAUCAGCGUUCAUGCCACGACGCCCCCUGGUGGUCAUCAUCCUGCCAUGCUACUCUACAAAGUCUACGACUUCUACACCAAAAAGGUCGCUUCUGCUAAAGCGAUAGCAGCACCUGAUUUGCUUGAGAAGACUUUACCAGAUGAGCCGGAGCCCAGGACUGAUGCUGGUUCCCAGUAGCUGAUCCUGAUUGUGGACCUGGACCUGGUUCUGCUUCUGUCUGUCAGCCGGAAGUAAAGCUUCAGCUGCUGGAAGCUCUGUGUUUGAUCCAGGCUCUUUAUGUCAGGCUAAAUGUGGACUGUGGUGGAUCUGCUGGAGUCAUCAUGUGUGUGUGUGCAAAGUUUUACACCUAUCUGUCACCAGGCUCAGGCCCAACCAGGUGAGCUGCUUCCUGGUGGACCUGAGCCAGAGGACAGCCAGGUGUGUGCUGGGAAACGGAGUCUCUCAUUGCUUUGUUUGGCUGUAAGGCUGGAGGGGGCGGAGCUCUGUGGGUGUUUGUGUUCUUUUCUCAAUAAAUCUGUUUCCACAGUCAUGUGAUCAUUUUCUUCUUUCAAACCCUGUAAUGACAGAGAGCUGUUUUGGCUCUGCAGUGUGGGCGUGUGUUUACUUUGCUGUUAAUAAAGUUAAGCAGGUCAAACAGACAGCACACGCUGACCUCUGACCCCCUGUGAGCAGCCAAUCAUAGCAGGCUGAGGAGUAAAA